UGAAACUUAGGGGUACACAAGACAAAUCAGACUCCUGAAAGGGAUACGGUAGUCUGGAAAGGUUCAGAGCCACUGCAUUAUAAAAGAUAAUAAAAGAUAAGGUAGGUGAGGUAAUAGCUUUUAUUGGACCAACUUGUGUUAGUGGAAGGUACAAGCUUUCGAGCACAGUUCUCUUCUUUAUGUCUGGGGAAAGAAGAAGAGUGUCCGGGCUAAAUACAGGCUGGGACAGAUUAAGCAGAAGGGGUAAUGCAUUUGGAAGUGGUCACUUGAAAUGAAGUAGGCAGCUGGAGGUCAGAUUGUUAUUCAUAAAGGGUUUGAAGUGGGCAAUUAAGGGUAACAGGCAGAGUGCCGUGUUAUAAAUUGCUGUAAUGAGUCAUAAAACCAAUGUUCAUGUAAGUUCAUGGUUUUUGGUGUCUAGCAGAAUUAUAAAUUUUAAUUUCCAGGCUCGCCUUUUGAAGGUGGUGUGCUGGUUGCCUUUGAGGAUCUAUCUAGAGAUCAUGCAGGAAACCCAAAAUAACUAUCAAAAAACCUGAUGACAGACAUCCAACACAAAAACAGAAAGUGGAACCAACUACGUCAGCUUCACGACCAACAGAACACCCCUGCUGCGGCAGAUCCAGCAACCACCCAGACGUACCAAAAAAUCUGUUAUCUGCAGCCAGGCAUUCAUAUACCACAGACUUUGAAGAGAGAGUCUGAGCUACACACCUAAAUAUACUAUAAACUGCCUUCACUAAACAAAUACACUCCACCAGAGAAGUAGAUCACAUAAUAGAAUGGGCCACCCAAAUACCCCAAGAGAACCUGCUUUAGUACAGAAAAAAAACACAUUGACUGCACAUUCCUAGUUGUCACCUACCACGCCACACUGGAACCCAUACGGGAUAUCAUCAAACACUUACAACCCAUAUUUGAUAGGGACCACAUCUUGAAAGAAAUCUUUCCUGAACCCCCUCUUCUGGCCUUCAAACAACCCCCAGCCUUGCCAAGCUCAUCAUCAGAAGCAGCUCCCCACAGACCAGGACACACCAACUAACAGUGGCACCAGACCCUGCCAGAAAAACAGAUGCAAAACUUGCAGACACACAGCAGGGGAGAUAUCAUACCCCCCAUAACAUAGCUUUCAAGAUUCAUGGAUCCUACACGUGCUUAUCAGAACAGAUGGUGUACCUCAUCCAGUGCAUCAAAUACUCAGUAAGUAUGUGGGUGAAACCAGAUGUUGACUACACUCUUCAGUGGACUCACGCAGGAAAAACGAUAAAAAACAAAAACACCCUAAUACCUGUGGGUGUACACUUUUCACAAAGUGAUCACUCCAUAUCUGAUCUUUCAGUACUUGUCCUCAAAGGAAACCUGCACAGCACCUCCAAAAGUUGAGCCUGGGAACUUAAAAUCAUAACUCAGCUGAACACCAAAAACCAUGAAUUUAACAGGGACAGUGAUUUUAUGGGUCAUUACAACAAUCUGUAACACACCACACUGCCUGCUACCCUUCAUGCAUAACCGAUCUAACUCCCAGUUGCAUACUUCAUUUCAAGUGACCACCUCCAAAGUACAUUACCCCUUCUGCUUUAACAAUCUGUCUCAACUUCUAUUUAGCUCAGAUACUCUGCUUCCUUCCCCAGAGCAGAAGAAGAGCUCUGUGUAGCUCAAAAACUUGUACCUUCCACAAGCACAAGUUGGUCCAAUAAAAGAUAUUACCCUCACCUACCUUGUCUCUCCCGUAUCCUGGAACCAACAGGGUUACAACACGACAAACAGAAUAAAAGAUAAUAUCUUAAAAAUUUGAUCAUUUUGUUUUACCAUUUACACACUUGUCUUAAUUUUACACUUUUCUGAACUGCAGUUGUUACCUAAAGUUCUUCUUCGAGUGGUGGUCCCUACAUGUAUUCCAUACGUAUAUGCGCAUGCACACCAUGUGCCUGAAUCCAGAAAUGUUUCUAGCAGUAUCUGUUGACACACACGGCGUAGGGCAUCCCCUUGUGUUCUCAGCCAAGGAUAUAAUAGGGUGUGCGGGCCAAUGUCUCUUCAGUUCCUUCUUACCACUGUGUGGCCCGAGUCACAACCCCUGUUCCUUCACACAGGACUCUCUCUCUCUUUCAACCCACAAGUGGGAGUUACAUAAUGCCACACUCAGAUACUACUUCCACAAAUGGGAUACCCCGUGGUCGGACCUCUUUUCCACUUGUGAGAACUUAAAGCUGCCCCUUUAUUGUUCCAGGGGGGCCAUGGGAGAGGACUCGCAGGGCGACGCUCUUCUCCUCCUCUGGACAGGCAACCUCCGCUAUGCCUUUCCCCCCAUUCCCCUCCUCCCACAAGUGUUACGCAAGAUCCACUGGAACCGAACUACCGUAAUACUCAUCACCCUAUUCUGGCCCCAUCAGUUUUGGUUCACGGAUCUCCUCAGACUCUCCAUCCACACACCACUCUGCCUCCAAACACUCUGGGAUCUCCUCAUACAGGAUCAGUGCUGGCACCCCAAUUUGCCUCACCCCAAUUUGAUUUUUGGAUGGGGCUCAAGGAUAGACAGAGCAUACUCCACUAAAUCAGUGCAUCCACCUACCUGUUUUCUGCCCCAAACCACAUGCCUCCCACGCGGACAGGGUCCUGCAUUCCCUCGACAUCUGCCGUGUAAGUGGCAUUCUAUCUCCACAGGACUCACUCCUUUCGCUCAUUGCCAAAACUAUUUGUGGACGUUGCCGACCGAUCCAAGGGCCAAGCCCUCUCCUCCCAGUGAAUCAAAUGGGUCUCCGGGUGCAUCCACGAAUCCUAAGUAUGAUCCAACAUACCAUCAUCUGAUGGAGUCACAGCCACUGUACAUGAGCACAAGCAGCCACAUUGGCCUGCCGUGCGAACGUCUUGUGGCAACACAUCUGUCGUGCAGCAACCUGGUGCUCGGUCCACUCAUUCACGUCGUACUACGCCAUUGCACAAGCAGCGGCUACGGACACUGCUAUGGGCCAAGCCAUACUGCAGACUGCACUUCCCAUUGCAUCCUCUCACCCACCUCCACACUGAUUGCUGCUUGCUACUCACCCACAUAUGGAAUAAGUGUAGGGACCAUCGCUCGAAGAAGAGGAGGAGGAGGUUACUUACCUGUACCUGGAGGUUCUUCAAGAUGUAUGGUCCCUAUCUGUAUUCCAAUGCCUGCCCUCCGUUCCCUCUGCUGUGGACUGGACUGCACAGCCGUAAGAGGGGGUGCUGGAAAGGAGAUGUGUGAUCUGCAUCUCUUAUACCUUUGGCUGCAAACACGUGUGGGUCAAUGGACACUGCUAGAAACACAUCCGGACUCCGGUGCAUGGUGCGCAUGCCACCCACUUAUGGAAUACAAAUAGGGACCCCACAUCUUGAAGAACCUCCAGUUACAGGUAAGUAACCUCCUCACUUAAUGACCUACUGGCUUACAAGAAGUAUAUAGUCUCUAUUUGGAGCAUUGUGGGGGGUU